UUCACGGGUAGUGCACUAGAUGUCUAUUUGGAACACAGCCCCGGGUUAAAUAGCUUUUGGCUGCACACAACUUUCACUCCGAACGAAAAUAAACGGGUUUGUCCGAGAACAGCGGUGAUUUAGCCAUGGAGCGGGUUUAAAUAGCACUUCCACAAGGUAUAGCGUUUCCAGGCUGGGCUUAUAAUUUUCAUUUUUAAACUGCACGUACAUGUUAAGAUGUGAGACGUGGAUUUUUUUGCUGGAAAAAAAACCCAAAAUGCUGGAAAGUUUGAUUUGAAUGUUUGUGUUAAAAAACCCACCCGUAGACCGUGAUGCGGUGUCUACAGCGGAUUCACACGCUGUUAUUGGGCUGUAAACGCUGAAAAAAACACGUUAUUUAGGAAAAGUUCUCGUUUUUUUGUAGUCAGGUAAAUAAUUGAGCAGAAAAUAGCUUGGAAGAAACGUCAAGCUGGAAUAUAAAGGGAAUGUCUAGUCAAGGGGCGAGGAGAAACGGUCCAGUGAAACUAAGGCUCACAGUUCUAUGUGCGAAGAACUUGUCCAAGAAGGACUUCUUCAGACUGCCAGACCCCUUUGCCAAAGUGGUGGUGGAUGGUUCUGGUCAAUGCCACUCGACAGACACAGUCAGGAACACGCUGGACCCAAAGUGGAACCAACACUAUGACCUUUAUAUCGGUAAACUGGACUCCAUCACCAUCAGCGUAUGGAACCAUAAGAAAAUUCAUAAGAAGCAGGGAGCAGGAUUUCUGGGCUGUGUGCGUCUCCUCUCCAAUGUCAUCAACCGCCUCAAAGACACUGGCUAUCAGAAGCUGGACCUGAACAAGCUUGGGCCCAACAACAAUGACACCAUCAGAGGGCAGAUAGUGGUGAGCUUGCAGUCCACUGACAGGAUAGGAACGGGAGGUCCCUUGGUGGACUGCAGCCGUCUGUUUGACAACGAUUUACCAGAUGGUUGGGAGGAAAGGAGGACUGCAACUGGCAGGAUUCAGUAUCUUAAUCACAUCACACGGACAACACAGUGGGAAAGACCAACCAGACCUGCCUCAGAGUAUGCAAGCCCUGGUCGACCCCUCAGCUGUCUGCUGGAUGAGAACACACCCAUCCUUAGUUCUAAUGGAGCCUCUGGCAUCACACACACCAACUCCAGAGCUCAGGAGAGACGUGUCCGCUCACAGAGACACAGAAACUACAUGAGCAGAACACACUUACACACCCCAGCUGAUCUGCCUGAGGGAUAUGAGCAGAGAACCACGCAACAGGGCCAGGUCUACUUCCUCCACACCCAGACCGGGGUGAGCACAUGGCAUGACCCGCGAGUGCCCAGGGAUCUCAGCAAUGUGAACUGUGAAGAGCUCGGGCCACUCCCACCAGGCUGGGAGAUUCGGAACACAGCCACAGGCAGGGUGUACUUCGUGGACCACAACAACAGGACCACCCAGUUCACAGACCCUCGUCUCUCAGCCAACCUGCAUCUCGUCCUCAAUCCAAAUGGAUCUCGUGGUAUGGAGAAUCCAAACCUCAGUCGUACUCCCCAGCUGAAGGAGCAGCCUGCGCUGUGUAAUCUCCCUGAGGAGGUUGAAGACUGUUUAACUGCUCCCAAGUAUAAGCGGGAUCUGGUGCACAAGCUGAAGGUGUUGAGGCAGGAGUUGUCUCAGCAGCAACCACAGGCUGGCCACUGUCGCAUCGAGCUCUGUCGAGAGGAGAUCUUUGAGGAAUCAUAUCGGCAGGUUAUGAAGAUGAGGCAGAAGGACUUGUGGAAGAGGCUGAUGGUAAAGUUCAGAGGAGAGGAGGGCCUUGAUUAUGGGGGCGUGGCCAGAGAAUGGCUGUAUUUGUUAUCCCAUGAAAUGCUCAACCCUUACUAUGGCCUGUUCCAAUACUCACGUGACGACAUCUACACGCUUCAGAUCAACCCAGAUUCUGCAGUUAACCCAGAGCACCUGUCCUAUUUCCACUUUGUGGGUCGUAUCAUGGGCAUGGCGGUGUUUCAUGGCCAUUACAUCGAUGGAGGCUUCACUCUGCCCUUCUACAAACAGUUACUGGGCAAAUCCAUCACACUUGAGGACAUGGAGGCCGUUGACCCGGACCUGCACAACAGCCUGGUCUGGAUACUGGAAAAUGACAUAACGGGUGUACUGGACCAUACCUUCUGUGUGGAACACAACGCUUACGGACAGAUCAUCCAGCACGAGCUUAAACCUAACGGCAAGAACAUCCCUGUCAAUGAAGAGACCAAGAAGGAGUACGUCAGGCUGUAUGUGAAUUGGCGCUUCCUACAUGGAAUCGAAGCUCAGUUUCUGGCUCUGCAGAAAGGUUUCAACGAGGUCAUACCCCAGCACCUACUUAAGGCCUUUGAUGAGAAGGAGUUGGAGCUGAUUGUGUGUGGCCUGGGGAAGAUCGACAUCCAGGACUGGAGGGCAAACACGCGCCUGAAGCACUGCACUGCUGACAGUAAUGUGGUAAAGUGGUUCUGGAAAGCCGUGGAGUCGUUUGAUGAGGAGCGCAGAGCCAGACUUCUGCAGUUUGUCACCGGCUCAUCUAGAGUGCCUCUGCAAGGCUUCAAGGCCUUACAGGGUGCUGCAGGGCCCAGACAGUUCACCAUCCAGCAAAUCGAUGCCAACACCAACAACCUACCUAAAGCCCACACAUGUUUUAACCGCGUCGACAUUCCACCAUACGAGAACUACAACAAACUGUAUGACAAGCUGCUGACUGCCAUCGAGGAGACCUGUGGCUUUGCGGUUGAAUGAGGAAGCCCCAUCUCAUGCACCAUCAGCAACACAAAGUUCAACGCUGGCUUUGAUUUGUUUUUGUAGGGUCAAUCCCUUCAUAUUCUCUAGCUGCUAUCAUCAGAUCUAUUAGAAGUCAUGUUUGGUCCAGAAGUCAGCUCUUGGCUUUAAUGACUAUGGAGAAACUAGGAAAAAAAGAAUUUUUCACCUCCGCUGUAUAAUAUACAAAGUCUGUCAUGAAGGCAAGGUUAAACUUUUCAUCUCCGUCAGGGAUGUCUUCAAAACAGCAGCAAUCGUCAUUUGAAUUCGCUUUUUGAUUGUAAUGAAAGACUGGUAUCCAAAGUAAGAGAUAUUAAUACUACUGACGUUAGAGAGUCAAGAGUUGUUGUUUUUUCAGUCCACACUUUUACACAAUUAGAAAUCAAAUCGAGGCCAUGAUAUUGUGAUUAAUUAAUGUGAUUUAAACUGAUCAAUUCUGGCUAGGACAAGUUAGUCACAGUGAAUGAGAGUGGAAUAAAAGCAAAACAAAACAAAAAACCACACCACUAUUUUUAAUAAGUCCAGAAACCUAUUUUAGUGACAGUGUUUGAGGAGAAAUCUGGCUAGCUUAUUUAGCUAAUGAUUCAGUGAAGAAUGUUUGUUACCUUCAUAGACACUCACUCGACAGUCAGCUAUCUAGGGCUGAUGUGUGUGUGGUUGGAACCAAUCAUGUCAUGUGAAAAGUAACUAGUUUAAAAAAAAAAAACACCAACAACAAAUACAUGUAUUCAUUUAACAGAUGGUUCAUUUCAAUCAUACAGCUUGAGAGGUUAGAGGUCAUGCCCAGUGGCUCUCCCAUUGCAGGUCCAAGUAUUAAAUCUCAACCUUAAAGCCAUUAAAACUUGAUUCAGUUACAAACAUUUCAGCUCAGAACAGAAACGGCACCACGACCGUAAGCCCAUUAUCACAUGCCAUACUCUCUCCUGUCAAUCUCAGGAGGUUGGUUAACUGAUGUAUGCAGAAGAGGGAGGAUAGCGCUUUUAAGCUGUUAAAGUAACAAACGGUAUCAAACCUGUUUCUAAAAACAAAUAACUUAAUGACAAACACGACAGCGACUACAAAAAUCUUGAUAAGGGAUUUCUUCUUCUGUGUGCCAGAAGCAUAAAGUUAUGCAGCGCCACCUUGUGUACCGGGGUCUUUCUGUUUUUCCAUUAAACACCAUCUAAUGUCGGAGUGAAUUUGCGCGUUCACUCUGCACCAGUGAAAUUCGCUCUGCUAGGACUACAUCACAUAUAAAAUGUCUAGGUUAAAUAUUGUAUAUGUCACUGUGUAGGAAAAAAAAAAAUCAAUCAUCUACCAAAUGUAAAAUGUCCCACAAGAUUACUAUUUGAAGGGAAACGCUGAUCCUGGAUCACACAACAGCACUUUAGAAAGGAGGCCAGAAAAAUCUGGGUUAACAAUAGAGAUGAUUUUACUUAAUUCUAAUUGUAUAGCUGAUUUGUAUCCACAUAUUUUAUACGUUUUAUAUCUUUCUAUUUCAGGACAUAACCUCAGGUCAUGUAGGAUUGGAUUUUUUUUUGUUACAUUAUUAAGAUUGGCCACAAAUCUGCGUGUUAAAAAGAUCUAACUGGUUGCCAGCAUUGUUGACUCAUUGUUCUUUGGUUGAAAUUCAGCACUAAAGACAGUCUUGUGAAAACGACAGCAUGCAUCUCAGUGUUCCAAAGAAUGUCAUCUAAUAUUUUCCUCAGUUCAUUUAGGUCAGUCGUUAAGUUAAUCAGCUGUGCAAUGUUUAGGAGUCUGACGUUUCCUUCAACAGUAUUGGACUGCUUCUUCCAAUUUAAUGUAGGUUUGUAGCUAUGAACCGCUGCUGUAAUCAUAAAGCCAUGUUACUUCUGUGCUCAUCUGUGACACUUUUAUACAGUAAUGAUUUAUAAUCUCAGUAUCCUGCGUCACCUUGUAGAGAGUCUGGUUCUGCUUAACCUUUCCUCCUCGUGUUGUCUCAGGGAGUUUUUUCUUACCGCUGUUCUCUUUGGCUUCAUCCAAAUCAACAACUGGAAUUUAAUGUAGCUAACAAAAUAGGGAAGUGAGGCUCACUGGGAAAGGGGAAAAAAGACCAGACCUUCAAAUAUGAUUUUAGAAAAUAACACGAUUUAAAUACAAAAAGAAUUUUCCAUGAUGUCAUAGUCCAUGAUGUGUCCACAAUUCCAAAUCUGGAUGGUGGAACGAUAAUAAACUCAAACACAGGGGUCUCUGUUGUCCAAGUUUGUUGCCCCAGAAUGCUACAGUUUUGAACGUCAUGGUCAAUCACCCAAUCAACCUGAAUCUCAUACACACACUUGCAUAUGCACCCAACCUCCUUGGGCCUUAGCAAUAUUGCUGAAAAGAUUUUGGGCGAGUCAGACAACUUGUUAGCUACAUCAUCAGUUGUAGUUCCAGUGCAAAACUAAAGAAGCAAACCUCAGACUAAAUGCAUGAGCUGGCUGAUUGACUACACUUGUAUUUGGGCUUGUGACCAUAUAGUCCACUGAAGCUUUGAAGUUAAUGCUUCAUGUUUAUUACAUGCUUUUUAACAUUUUAGGACUUUGGAGCUUAUAACAUUGUCCUUAUUUGCAGCAUCUGUAUCUCCAAGGUUAUAUUUAGUCCAUACAUGUGCUACAAACCUUAUGUAUGCUCACAAUGUGCCUUAUCCAGUAUGAAGUACAGAAAUAUUUUAUAUAUGCUGAUGCUUUGAAGAGGUUUCAUAAUGCGUUUUUUUUUUUUUUUUAAUUUUAUUUUCAGUAACCAAUCAUCUUACAUUUGUAAAGUAUUAUUUACAGUUCUGUAUUUAUAAUUAACAUGAACUCAAGCCGACUGAUCACUCAGUUUGGACAUUCGGCGAUCUCUCUUACUAUCGGUUGCCUUUCUAGCAUGUUCCACAUAAUCCUUGUUUUUGGUGUGACAUUUGAAACAGUGUUUUGGAGUCGAGUGUGCGCGCGCGUGCAUGCUUCAGUAUGUACAGUAUGUGUGUGUACAGUGUGUGUGUUGGUGUAAAUAAGCUUGUUGAGUAUUUCACUUUUUAUUUCUUCUGUAUUUAUUGCUGCAGCUGUUCUGCGAGCUCAUCAUCUGUGUGUACAUAAGAGGACGUGCAGCGGAGAGUGUUCCUGCUGUAUGCCUUCGAAACCUGAGCAAUAAACUCUGACCUGUUUGCAUCA